GCCAGAGAAACUACCUGGGAAAUACGACGACUUCCUGAAACAAACGGAGCUCGGAGAUGCGUUCAUAUCUACCUGUGGUGGCUGAGCAGCUUUUCAAAGACAUCCAGAAAACAUACCAGGAAACGUCUCAAAUCCCAGAUGACCUUCUCAUUGCGCUGAAGUUUGUCUUUGGGCCAAGUGUGCUGCAGGCAUUGGACCUGGUGGAUCAGCGCUCGGUCACCUGCGUGUCGUCUCCCAGUGGGCGGAAAGUUUUCCAGGUAAUGGGAGGAUCAGGACGUUUGUAUACUUGCUUCAUGUCCUGCCACUACUGCCCGUGCCCGGCCUUCGCCUACACUGUGCUGCUGAGAAACGAAGGCCUGCUGUGCAAGCACAUCCUAGCUGCCUAUCUGUGCCAGGCCAUGGGUGUUACUCAGCAGGAGAGUGUGUCUGACCAGCAGAUGUCUAUGCUCCUUGGUGGGACACCCACAGAAAUAAAAUACUGAGCACAGUACUCUGGAUCGCUGCUCCUGCUCUCACAGCGGCACUGUGGACCGUCCUGGAUGAGUGUGUGUUUGAAGAGGACACUUUGGGUCACUGCGGAGAGGAAUGGUGCAUGGGAAGGCCGCUGCGGUUCCUGCUCUUGCGUACAUUUCUCCAAGAGACACCAGAUGUUGUUGUAUUUAUUUUAUUUUUUUUUCUUACUUCUUUUUUUCUUUUAGAAGUGUUCUUAAUCUGUUUCCAGGAAACCAACAUCUGUUCGCUGACCAUGUGCUGCUUAUUUUUAGGUUAUUUUGAUGUGAAGCCAUGGCAUAUUUAGAAUGAGGAACCAAAGACAGGCUGCGUGUUUACUUGAAAUACGUUUUGAAAGGAUGAAAACACGUAUUUCUCACUCGAGCAUCAUCUGUAAAUACAAAUUCAGUCAUGUCAUUCUCAACAGUGUAAUACGAGUGCAAUUUGAAGAUUCAAGAAUAAAGACAUUUGUAAACAA